AUGUCAACGCACACAUGUUAUGAAAAUGUCAGCGCCCAGUUUACAACAAAUAUGACAGAGAUUUUUAAAGGAGAGACACCCGAAGACAUUGACAACAAAUGUCUGGACGUUUGUCACCGAUAUUUGGACGGCGUUUGGAAAGACCUAACUGUGGAUCAGCUGAGUGUGAGUCGGAUUAGCGGCGGUUUCACAAACCUUACGUUCCGGUGCUCUUUGACGGGCGGCGCCGAACCGGUGGCCGACGAACCCCGCGAUGUGUUCGUCCGAUUUUACGGACCAAAACUGAUUCCCGACACCGAGUCUUAUGAACGGCUUUCAGACAUUAUGGUUAAUCUGUUGGCGUCGGAGCACGACUUGGGACCCAAGAUAUACGGCAUAUUCAGCGACGGUAUGAUUGGACAGUACAUCCAUAGUCACGCCAUGAGUCUCGAGGACCAGAAGAAUCCCCUAUUGAUUAGUGAAUUGGCCCGAAAAGUGGCCAAAUAUCACGCCCUACGGGUGCCGAUGGCUCGGGAACGCGAUCGCCAGCGCAGGAUCUUUGAGGAGUUUUACGGCGGCGCCCAUAAAGAGACGCCCGGAUUGGACCAAAUGCUGCGAGAGGUGGGCGCACACAACUUGGUUGACCACAAUCUACGGGAAGAGAACGAAUGGCUGCACCGGUGUGUGGACGCCAUCGGAUCGCCAAUUGUCUACUCUCACGGCGACCUCUUCUGCGGCAAUAUACUGGUCGCCAAUCAGAUCCGAGAGGGCAGCGACACGAAUGUCACCUUGAUCGAUUUGGAGUACUCGUGCUAUUGGCACCGGGGUUUCGAUUUGGGCGCUUUUGCCAACGACUUCGGCCGCACAAUCAAUUGGACCGAUCGGCCAAAGUUGCCGCUACCGGACGACCAGUGGUUGCGUAUGUUUUUGGGCAACUAUUUGGACGAAUCGGUCCGAAUCCACGGCCAGGCGUACGCCCAGAAGGCCGAGAAUCAGAUGGACUAUCUGUUACGGGAAGUGAAGUUUUUCACGUUAGUGGCCGAGAUGUUUAACAUUGUAUUCAUGUAUAAUUCACCCGAUUUACCCGGUUGUGUGGAUAAACGCCAAUGUCUGGUCAUUAUAUCGUUGCUAUUUUAUGAUCAGAAAAAAGUGGAUAAAUUUUACGAGAUUUGGAUGGAGCGCAGGGAUGAGCUGGAAAGCCAGGGCAUUACACCCAUACCUCGCUAUACAGGAGAGACACCCGAAGACAUUAAGAGAAAAUGUCUGGACGUUUGUCACCGAUAUUUGGACGGCGUUUGGAAAGACAUAACUGCGGAUCAAAUGGUUGUGCAAAGAGUCAGCGGUGGAUAUACUAAUCAAUUGUUUCAUUGCUCUCUAAGACAUGAUAUAAAUGUGGUCUCCAGUGAACCAAAGGAUGUGUUCAUUAGAUUUUAUGGCAAGAAAUGGGUUACAGAUCCAAACGAGUCCAACGAGAGAUUGACUGAUAUUAUCAUCAAUUUAUUGACUUCUGAACACAAUUUGGGGCCAAAAGUGUACGGAAUGUUCAGCGAAGGCAUUGUUGGCGAAUAUAUUGAUGGUCACCACAUGAGUCCCGAAGACUACUUAAAUCCGGCGAUUAUCAAAGAAUUUGCCAAAAAAUUGGCAAAAUUUCAUUUACUGAAUGUCCCGACGGCUCGCGAUUAUGAUCGACACAAGUCAUCGUUUAAUACAUUGUAUACUAAGGUUCGCGAAGAGAUACCAGAUAUGGAUGAACUCAUCCGAGAGAUUGACGCCAAGAAUAUAAUCAAAUAUAAUUUUGAAGAGGAGAACGAAUGGCUAUACAAAUGCAUGGAUGCCAUUAAAUCACCGAUAGUUUACUCACAUAACGAUAUAUUCCCCGCAAAUAUAUUGGUUAACAAUCGGAUGAAUGAAAGGAGUGAUAAUAAUGUGGUGUUAAUUGAUUUUGAAUACUCCCGAUAUUUUUAUCGCGGCUAUGAUUUGGGAUUCUUUGUCAAUGAGUUCGGGAGAGACAGCAAUUACUUUGACCGAAAAGACCUGCCUCUGGCCGACGAUCAGUGGAUCCAAACAUUUUUGGGCCACUAUUUGGACGAAUCGGUAAAAAUUCGGGGCAAAGAGUUCGCCGAAAGACCUGAGAAUUUAAUGCAUAAAAAGAUUGACACUUAUUACGGUCGAUAUAUUAAGCGCCGACAACUUUAUAACAAUAUGACAGACAUUUUCAGAGGAGAGACACCCGAAGACAUUGAGAGGAAAUGUCUGGACGUUUGUCACCGAUAUUUGGACGGCGUUUGGAGGGAUAUAACUGCGGAUCAGAUGGUUGUCCAGAGAGUUGGCGGCGGUUUUACUAAUCUGUUGUUUCGAUGCUCUCUAAGACAUGAUAUAAAUGUGGUCUCCAGUGAACCUAAGGAUGUGUUCAUUAGAUUUUAUGGCAAGAAAUGGAUUACAGAUCCGAAUGAAUCCAACGAGAGAUUGACUGAUAUUAUCAUCAAUUUAUUAACUUCUGAACACAAUUUAGGACCAAAAGUGUACGGAAUGUUCAGCGAAGGCAUUGUUGGCGAAUAUAUUGAUGGUCACCACAUGAGUCCCGAAGACUACUUGAAUCCAUUGAUUGUCAAAGAAUUUGCUCAAAAAUUGGCAAAAUUUCAUUCAUUGAAUGUUCCGAUAGCUCGUGAUUAUGAGUGGUGUAAAACACAUUUCCAUACAUUUUAUAAUGCCGUUCACAAAGAGAUACCAGACUUACAUCAACUGAUCCGAGAGAUUGAGGCCAAGAAUCUGUUGAAAUAUGAUUUCAAAGAGGAGAACGAAUGGUUACACAAAUGUUUGGAUGCCUUGAAAUCGCCAAUAGUUUACUCACAUAACGAUAUAUUUAACGCAAAUAUAUUGGUUACUAAUCAAGUCAAUGAAAACAGUGAUAAUAAUGUGGUGUUAAUUGAUUUUGAAUAUUCCCGACAUUUUUAUCGCGGCUAUGAUUUGGGUUUCUUUGUCAAUGAGUUCGGGAGAGACAGCAAUUUCUUUAUCCGCGAAGACCUGCCUUUGGCCGACGAUCAGUGGAUCCAAACAUUUUUGGGCCACUAUUUGGACGAAUUGGUGAAAAUUUGGGGCAAAGAGUUCGCCGAUAGACCCGAGAAUUCAAUGGAUGUUCUCUUAAGGGAAACAAAAUUCUUUGCAUUAAUUAUGGAUAUGACUUGUAUUAUGAUAUUGUAUUGCAUUAAUGAAGUGCCAGACGGAGGCAAUAAACGGGAUAUUAUGAAAAGAGUGGAUACCUAUUACGGCCGUUAUAUUGAGCGCCGGCAACAGUUUGAAAGGUUAGGCAUAACACCCAUUCCUCGUAGCUAUUUGUUCUAUAUCGAUUUAUAG